AUGCUUGACCAAUUCCCAGCGGAGAUCUUGGCACAGGUGCUCUCCGUCCUGGAGCGGACGGACCUGCAGGCUAUUCGCCUAGUAAGCAGGGCCUUGUCGAACAAUGUUACCCCUGUCUUGUUUCGAACAGUCUAUGCUUCAUGCCUCACCCUGGAUCGGCUUCAGAACAUCUGCCGUCACCCCACACUCCGCCACGCUGUCGAAGAGCUUCAGUAUCAGGAGAUGAAUUUUGACCUCAUCAUCGAUAAUCGACGCUCCUGGGACAACCAAGAUCCGCCCUUCUUCAGACAUAGGAGAACGGAGUACUUGGCCGAGACGAUUGCCCAGUCGAUUGCUGGCGUAGACCCCGAGCUACCAAUCUUCGCGGAAAGAAUACUAGCGACGGGUCGACUAGGUGACAGAGCGAUGCUUGACUCGGAGCAGCGGCCUAGCCAAAACGAGAUUCUAGCUAUGCUCGAUGCCAUCAGGGAUUUGUAUGCUGAAAAAGCUAGCUUACAAAACCCUCAGCGCCUCUAUGAAUUCUUCCGCGAAGCAUUACCGCCCCUCCAAAAUCUUCAUCGUGUUGUCUGCGUCGAAGCCGAAGCCGGUUGCAGGGCAUUAGAUUCUCCGCGACUGGAAAGCACAGGUGCUCUUCAGCAACUAAGGAAGAUUUUUCCUAUGCCAGAUUAUGCCCUCAGGUUGUGCCUCCAACCAGACACGCACGACUGGCCGUCACAUGGAUUCAUGGGCAUCUGGCGUGCUCUGAGCGACCUUGAUUCAAGCUCGGAUAUACGACAUCUUGAGAUAAAGCGAGACGGAAAUCUCUUUUUGAAGCGCGGCAUAUAUAUCCGGUCGCUGGGUCCCCAAGAUGAUGAUGUGCUUGUUUACGGGUUUCGAAACCUGACCGUACUGAGUCUCUGCCUCGAAGUGGAUGUGGGCGUAUUGUCAGGAGCAAUCCCUCAAGCAACCAUACUGGCUGGAGCGUUGGCCAGAGCAUCGAAACUGAGGCGACUUGAGAUCUGCUUAACGUCAUCCGGGGUCAGGAUCGCUCCUCCGAACGGGUCGGCAGCAAAUUACAGUCACUUCGGCAUUCCUUUCGGUGACCUGGAUAUUGCACAAGAAAACAUAUUGCCUUUUGUCACCUUUCCGGACCUUCACACGGUUGUUUUUGAGGAAAUCGAUUUUACGAUCGAACAGAUAUGUUCUUGGGUAUCCAUGCAACCGAGGCUGAGGCACCUUACUCUGAGAAGACCCUAUCUGCGAGGAAGGUGGCAGGAUCUGGUGCAAAAGUGGUGGGAAACUCCAGAAUUUCGGCUUGAUUCCUUCGAGUUAAACAGCCCUUGGGAUUAUGAUAACAAAGACCUUGAAGAGAAUCCACUGCAACUAGGCACAGAACAACAAGUGCCAUCUCGUGUUCCAAGUGAUGCUAUUCUUGACUUUAUCAACAAUGGUGGAAUCAACCCCUUUGAAGCCCGGAGCUGGAGGAAGCCAUGGCACAUCUCAGAGGAGAGACAGAAUUAUGUUGAGGACGACAGCCUCUCGAACUAUUCAGAUCUCUCUGAAUGGUUUCCAGCAGAUCAUCCUACGCCUGUUGAAGACCUAGAUGGGCCUGAGUUUGACGAAGACUAUGAUUUCGACGCCGAAGAAGACAGCGACUUGGAGAUGGAGGAGUUGGGCCCAGUAGAGUUCUUGUAG